AUGCCACCUAAAAAAGCACCAGAAGGUAAAGGAAAGCCUCAAGGAAAAAACAAGGCCCCAGAGCCUAAGCAAAAAAAAGAUCCUAUGAGAAAGGCUGCUGAUGCCACUUUUGGUUUAAAAAACAAAAACAAAUCCACCAAAGUGCAAUCGAAAAUCAAGCAAAUCGAACAAAAUGCAGGUAGCACCAACAGUAAAGAGGCUAAGCAUCAAGAGGUCAUGCGUAAGCGUCGUGAAGAAGAAAAGAAAGCUUCCGAACAAGCAAAGGCCGAAGUUGCUGCCUUGUUUAACGCUCUACCCAGCAAGCACAAUAACCAGCAAUUUAUUACCCGCAAAGAAGAAGUCAAGGAGUCUCAAAAGAUCGACUAUUACACUGAUGUGCGUGAUCAUCAAACCGAUUUGCCUCCCGAAAAGCGUCCUUGGACGAAUACCGACAUUGUUUGCAAAUUCUUUUUGGAAGCUUGCGAACAAGGCAAAUAUGGUUGGCUUUGGCAGUGUCCUAACGGUAACAUGGCUUGUAUCUACAAGCAUUCUUUGCCUUAUGGCUACGUUUUAGCCCGUGACAAGAAGAAGGUCGACAGUGACAAAGAAGAAAUCAGCUUGGAAGCCUUCAUUGAGAUCGAGCGUUAUCGCUUAGGUCAAAACCUGACUCGCGUCACCGAAGAAAACUUCAAACAGUGGUGUGACAAACGCCAAGAGCGAUUGAACAAAGAAUCCGAAGAGCGUCGCAAGAGCCGUCCCACCGGUAGAGGUACCAUUACUGGCCGUGAAUUCUUUGAACGUAACGGUGGUAAGGUGAAGGAUGUUAUUGAUAUUGAAAAUGAGGAGAACUGGGACUUUUCCGCCCUUCGUCGUGAAACAGAGGCUAUGCGAGACUCUCAAGAAAACGAUACUGCUACAGCUUCGGCUUAA